AUGCCUCCACCACCACCACCAUUGGAAGAAGGAAUGACCUCUUCAUCGUCCUCGGAUGAGGAACACCACCACCAAGAAGUGAAUGAAAAACGCUCUUCCACCAACUCCUCACCUCCAACUACCACUGCAGCAGUUUCUUCUUCUUUAACGAUGGUUCAACAACACCCGCAUAACAUCAUGAUGGACAAUCAUCAAAAGAGUAAUAGUAGUACGACUGGAUCAAGAAGUUUGACUCCUCUUCAAAUUGAAACAACAACAACAACAACUCCCAACAACAACAUGACGAUGAUGGCCUAUCCAGUUCACGCAACCUCUACCACGAACAUGACAACCUCUACCACUCUCGGAAAUCAUUCAACAACGACAGAUCCCAAUACCAAUCAGCAAAACAACAAUAAUAACCCUCCUUCAUCAUCAGCAGCCUCAUCUUCCUUCAAAAGUCCCAAACAUUCACCAACGCUUCCUCCCACACCCACUCAAAUCAAACCCAUUGAAACCAAGGAAUGGCAAGUGGAUUUUAGAAAGUUUCCCAUUGUUGAUCCCAAACAAAUUGCGGAAGGAUCCAAGAAGAAGCUCCGCAAAAAGGUUUCCAAGUUUUAUGAAAAGCAAAAUGAAUUGGUGGAAGGAUUUGCUGAACUCUACACGAAUACAGUAACGAAGGAGUUUCUCAGAGAGUCUGAUGAUGAAGGAUGUGAAGGUGAUUCGUUCAUUAAGAAGGGACAUACUUCUGGUAAUGAUUCUGGAGAUGAUUUGGCGAAUAAGGACAACAACACAAGUAUUCAGGUGGGUGAUGAACAUAUUACGAACAAGCACGAUGUUGAUCCCUCUUCGAGUAGCAGCAAGGAAACUCGAUAUGCCAAUUUUUGCAUUCAAGCAAGUUUUUGGGUCAAUGUCAUGUUGGUGUUGUUGAAAGUUUCUGCAAGUUUCUUGUCCUUGUCACUCUCAGUGAUUACUUCAACCAUUGAUUCCUUAUUGGAUUUGGUUUCUGGUUUAAUUUUAUUCUAUACCAAUAGGUUAAAGAAUAAGAAGAGUGAUCUUCAUUUGUAUCCGGUUGGAAAGGAACGAUUGGAACCAUUGAGUUUUAUCAUAUUUGCAACGUGUAUGGCCACUGCUAGUUUGCAAAUUAUUAAGGAAGGAUUUGUGACAAUCAUUACAGGACUCGUGACUGGAGAUCCAUAUUUACCAGCCAACUCGGAAAAUAUGGUCGAAUUAUUGAGCAAACCAGAGUUGUUGAAUGGAACUAUGGAAUGGAUGUUGGGUGUGAAAAUUCCUGCUCUCUUCAAAAUGAUAUUUUACAUUUAUGGUUUAAUUGUUCUCAUUAUAGCCAUUUUCGCCAAAUCCAUUCUCUAUUUCUUGUGCAUACGGGCUAAGGAAUCACCUUCAUGUCAAGCCUAUGCAUUCGAUCACCGAAAUGAUAUCCUGAGUAAUACCUUCCUUGUAUUUUCUCUCUUCAUUUCACAAUGGGUGUGGUGGUUUGACCCAUUUGGUGCCACCAUUCUCUCCAUUUAUAUUAUUUAUGGAUGGAUUGGAGAAUCUUUGGAACAUGUGACCAAGCUAGUGGGAUUAACUGCCGAGUCAGAAUUUAUUAAGAAAAUUACGUUCAUUGCUGUCAAUCACAGUGAGAAGAUUAUGAAGGUGGAAACUGUGACAGCUUGGUACAGCGGUAUGAAUAUUAUUGCUGAAGUCCAUGUUGUGCUACCACCUGACAUGUCGCUACGCGAAGCACAUAACAUUGGCGAGGAUUUACAAUUGAAAAUCGAGUCAGUUCCUGAAGUUGAGAGAUGCUUUGUGCAUUUGGACUUUAACGACACACACAAAAUUAACAAAUAA